CCGCUUUCUUUUCACACACAGACACACUCAUUUUACUUGCGAGGACUGUGAAAAUGAAAGCACUGCGACGAUGAUGGCGAAAAAACAUAAACAAAACGCGAAACCCCACAGAACCAAACAGCUCGAAAGCCUUCAUCUUUAUGGCAGACAUUUUGUAUUCUCUCAUCUUUUGCUUUCGAACCACCCAUUAAUCAAUGCUCUAGCAUAAAUACAUUCAACAUUUCCUCCCUCAACGGUUACUUGCUUUCAUUGCUCUCAUCUUCCCUGCUACUUUUCCUUUCCUUCCCCUUAUAAUUCCCAUUUCACAAUAAUUCUGUUCUGAGCGAGUGAUGGAUUUCUCAUCUUUCUUGACGUCUUUCGGGACGUCGUUUUUUAUUUUCGUAGUGUUAAUGCUUCUGUUUACAUGGCUGUCGAGGAAGCCUGGAAACUCCUUCGUGUAUUACCCCAACCGGAUCUUGAAAGGUCUGGAUCCCUGGGAUGGCGGGUCAAGAUCCCGCAACCCGUUUGCUUGGAUCCGGGAAGCCUUCUCUUCCAGCGAGCAGGACGUUAUAAACAUGUCCGGUGUAGACGCUGCUGUCUACUUUGUCUUCUUGAGCACUGCGCUGGCAAUACUGGUUUUGUCUGGCCUUGUUCUGCUGCCGGUACUUCUGCCUGUUGCUGCCACCGACGACAAUGUGAAAAUACAAAAAGCUAAAGGCAAUCAGACUUUUAGUGACAUUGACAAGUUAUUAAUGGGAAAUGUUAAGGGGGGAAGUCCAAGACUGUGGGCAUUCUUGAUUGCUACCUAUUGGGUUUCUCUUGUUACCUAUUUCUUGUUAUGGAAGGCGUACGUGCAUGUUUCUGGGCUGAGAGCAAAUGCUCUAAUGUCUCCUGAACUGACACCAGAGCAAUUCGCUGUUCUUGUCAGAGACAUACCUCCUGUCCCUGAGGGCCAAACUAGAAAGGAACAGGUUGAUUCAUAUUUUAAAUCCAUCUAUCCUGAGACAUUUUAUAGAUCAUUGGUGGUGACAAACAACAAAGAGGUUAACAAGAUUUAUAAAGAGUUGGAAGGAUACAAGAAGAAGCUUGCACAUGCAGAAGCUGUAUACGAUGAAUCCAAAAAAACAGGCAAACCAGAAGGAUUGAGACCAGCCAUCAGAACUGGGCCCCUUGGUAUUGUUGGUAGAAAGGUAGAUAGCAUAGAGCACUACAAUGAGAAGAUUAAAGAGCUAAUCCCAAAGUUGGAAGCUGAACAGAAAGUCACUCUCCGGGAGAAUCAACAAGCUUGUGCUUUUGCCUUCUUCACCAAUAGGGUGACUGCAGCUUCUGCCGCCCAGAGUCUACACGCCCAAAUGGUUGACACCUGGACAGUCAUGGAAGCCCCUGAACCACGUCAAAUAAUAUGGUCUAAUCUUAAAAUUAAGCUCUUUCAAAGGAUAAUCCGGCAGUACGUUGUUUGUUUUAUUGUGGCUCUGACCAUAUUGUUUUUUAUGAUACCAAUCGGGUUCAUAUCCGCAUUAACAACCCUGGAUAAUCUGAAGAAACUUCUCCCAUUUUUAAAGCCAAUUGUGAAAAUUGUCUCAGUUAAGACGGUGCUGGAAGCGUACCUUCCUCAGAUUGCACUCAUCGUGUUUUUGGCACUGUUGCCCAUGGUACUUUUGGCUCUCUCCAAGGCUGAGGGAAUUCCUUCAGUGGGCCAUGCAGUAAGGGCCACUUCUGGAAAAUAUUUCUAUUUUACCAUGCUGAACGUUUUUAUUGGAGUGACACUGGGUGGCACCUUGUUCGACACGCUCAAGAGCAUUGAGAAGGAACCAAACUCCAUUGUUAGUUUGCUUGCGAGUAGCCUCCCGGGGAAUGCAACUUUCUUCCUGACUUUUGUGGCUCUGAAUUGCGAAACAAACGCACACUCGUCUCCCCCUCCAGAAGAUGUUGCGCGACAGCCAGAGCUGUUUUAUUUCGUUCUUCUGUCAAAGAACUCCCCUUGCCACAAGAUCUUCUUGUUUUUCGUUGGCUAUGGACUCGAGCUGUCUCGUAUAGUUCCUCUAAUCAUUUUUCAUCUAAAGAAGAAGUAUCUUUGCAAGACCGAAGCUGAGUUAAAAGAAGCUUGGUUUCCUGGAGAUUUAGGGUAUGCAACCAGGAUUCCUGGUGACAUGCUUGUUUUCACCAUUGUUCUUUGCUACUCUGUCAUAGCCCCUCUGAUUAUUCCAUUUGGAGUGGUGUACUUUGGCCUGGGAUGGCUUGUCCUUAGGAACCAGGCACUCAAAGUAUAUGCUCCAUCCUUUGAGACCUAUGGCAGGAUGUGGCCCCACAUCCACACAAGAGUCAUAGCUGCUCUGAUACUAUACCAGGUUACAAUGUUCGGUUAUUUUGGGGUGAAGAAAUUCUCCUUCAGUACUCUCUUACUAAUUCCACUGCCGAUAGUUUCCUUGCUGUUCGCCUAUGUCUGUCAGAAGAAAUUCUAUCGAUCUUUCUCUGACACAGCCCUUGAAGUUGCUUGCCGUGAAUUGAAGGAAAUUCCUAACAUGGAACGCAUCUACAGAUCUUUUAUCCCACCAAGCUUGAGCUCUGAAAAGGCCGAUGAUGACCACUUCGAAGAUGCACUGUCACAAGUUUCAAGAGUCGGAUCGUUUGCAUGAUAUUACGGUGUUGGUAGCUAGCUAAUUGCUCGAUGAAGUCUUGUAGUACCUUUAGCUUCUAAAACUUGGACCAUUUGUCGAUUUGUGGAUCACGUCAUGGAAUUACUUGUAAACAUAGUGUGUAUUUCGUGGAUUUUACUCGAGAGUUGAAGCUCUUUAGGUUGCAGAUUGCUUUCAAAAACAUCAAGAUGAACCGAAACCUGCGUUCGUUCAAGCAGUCGUUGUAUUUCAACAAGUAUUUGAUUGUGUGCAGAUGCAUUAUUAACAAAGUUUCAGUUUGUAA